CUUUUCUUCAGAAUAUAUAUAUUUUUUAAAAGUUUAGAAUUUUCUCUAUAACUUUCAAUAUUGAUAUUGAAAAAGGCUCUAUUUUCGUUGUACUAUUUCGGUGUUUAUGUUAGAUAAUAAUAGCUCCCUGUAGCAUUUUUGUUGUCAAGAUGGCUGAAGCCGGUGAUUUUUUGAGGGAAGAUAGACAAAAGUUUCAAAGUUGCUGCCAGAGACUACUUAAUUAUCGUUACCAGGAUGAAGAAACGUCAAAGACUAAUCUGCAUUUGAUUCUGGACGAGUUGAACUCAGUUGAAUACAUCACAAAUAUUAUAAAUGACCACACGGCCAGCCAGCUGUAUCGGAGACUACCUAACCUUGCUCCAUUACACGAUGAACGACUUAUUGUUAAAAUCUGUCAGGUGAUCUUAAACUUGAGGACAAAGCAACAGAUAUUACUUGAUGCCAGCAGUCUGCCUGGUGUGGUGGAGUUCUUGAUUAAAGCUGUCCAGAGAUGUCCUUCAUGGUGCCUCGUCGAUAUCUUGCUGGCCUUGAGUGCCACAUUGUAUGGCAACAGCAACCGAAUUUCCGAGUUUCAUGAAAGUCUAAUAGGAAAUGAUGGCAUUCUCAAACAGCUCACUAAUGAAGAAGUGUUAGACGAGGAUGUUCUUUCUGGAGCAGUGUUUUGUUUGGAAAAUCUCACAGCUGGACUACAAAACCAUGAUGUUCUCAAUGAAGAAAAUGGAAAAACCUGCUUUGAGAUUUUUAUCAGGAUGUUGCACUUUGUACCAGUAGCCAAGAUGGAUGCCAGUAUUCAGUGUAAAAUACUCAUUGCUUCUUUGCGAGGAAUUCAAAAUCUUCUAUUGACAACAAAAUUAGUUCCUACUGAUUACCUUGGACGGCUGCUGGCUGCCAUUAGAGCUCAUAUGUUUUAUGGUCUCUCUGGUCAGCCAGUGAACGUUCCACCAACUCUGUAUGCCACACCCCAAAUCCAUUAUGACCUGCAGGCUACAAAGGGAGCCGAGAGUCCAGCGAAAACUCAGUCGAUGAGUAAAGACGAACUGCCAGAGAAUCCAGCCAAGUCCAGCAGGAGAGGCAAAAAGAAGAGAGGUGUGAAACCAGAAAAGGUAAAACCGCUGAACGAAACAGAAGUCCGGGACAGAGAUGAUAGUCUUCAGUCACACAGUUCUUCAGAGACUUCCCAGGAAUCAGCAUUUCAUCCUUCCUGGAUAAAAAUCAGCAGUUCAGAAUCAGAAUAUUCAGAUACGGAAGGUGGUCGCGUUGCUAAGCUGAGGUCAUGUUGCGCAAAAGUGAGGCAGUCUGCAUUUGGCUGUCUGCAUACAAUAGUUCGGAAUGUUGAUAAAAGGAUAAUAUUUGGUUACUGGUCAGCUUUUAUUCCUGAUUCAGCAGGUCCAGGAAAUACUCCACAGUUGCAGACACUUUUUACAGCCAUUUUAAAGGAUCCCUCACCAAAGUGUCGGAUGGGUGCCUCUGCUGCCUUGACUGCUCUCAUUGAUGGAACAAAACCAUUUCUGGCAGCCGCAGAAGACAACCAUGACGUACGCACUGCCUUUGUACCUUUCUCUGUGAUUCUGGGUUCCAUGAUUAAAGAGCUGCAUCGAUGUUUGCUUCUGGCAUUAAUAGCCGAGAACUUUCCUCUCACACUUACUCAACUAAUUAAGUGUUUGAGUACUCUAGUCAGUAACGUGCCAUAUCACAGACUUCAGCCAGGUCUUUUGGGGCGAAUCGUAAAACAAAUCCGACAUUUUCUCAAUCAUAAAGACCCCAAUGUUCGAGUAGCCUGCCUGACUUGCAUUGGGUCAAUUGUGGACAUCCACCCUCCCCUGCUCGAGGUGUGUCACAUCAUACAGCCUGCUCACCCGCCACUGGGAGUUAAAAUGCAUCAUGUAGAGGACACUAAACACAAACCAGCAUCACUAGAUAAUGGAACGAUGGUUCCUGUGGAUUCUGGCUUCAACAGCCUUACCAACUUGUCGCUGGCUGAAUCUGUGCAAGCAACUGAUAUAUCAUCCUGUCAGCCUGCUGGUGAAAAACAGACAGGUGCAUCAACCAGUCAGUUUGUAGGAGGUCAGGGGAACAGUGAAAGAGUGACAACAGGUCCUGCAGCUAGUCAGCUUGCAGGUCACAGUGCCAGUGAAAAGCCAGCAGAUCAGAGUACUGCUGAAAGACUUCCUGCUUCAGGCAGUCACCCUGUAGGUCAAAACCAGUCUAGUCAUUCCUCCACCUCGAGUACCCCAGCACUAGCGGUCUCCCCCGGGACGCAGACGCCCGUGUUUUCCGACCAGACACUGCAGCGUCAUGCCAAGGAGAUAUCCUGGGUCCUCAAGAUGUGCACGAAGAACAUCAUGCAACAGCCAGCAGACAGCCAGCGGACAGCGGGUUUCGAACCUAUUCCCGUACGACUGGAGUCACUGCAAGUCGUGGCCAACCUCACAAAGGGAUACUUUCCUGUUAUCAGAAACUCCCUGGCACUGCUACAGGAACUAAUCCAGGUCUGUCUGGAGGACAAAGAUCCCAUUAUUAAAUUACAUGGGACUAAGGUCCUGGAUGAAUUAAGUCAGGUUCUGCGGAAUGAUAUUCAGAAACCAGAGGUGGCUGGCCCAGAUGCUGUCUCCCUGGAGAAGGUUCUGGAGUUUUGGCUCUGCCAGCUGAAUGGCCCACUGCCUGGCAUUCUCCAGACGGUGACCUACAACCCAGUGCGUGCCAAUGCUUGUGACUGCAUCGCCAACAUAGGAUCAGAGGUUUUUAGCUGUUUACCCAUGGACAAGAGAAUAUUGUGUUUAACCCUGGUGCUGGGAUUAACAUCAGAUGACGACAAACUAGUCAAGUCAGCGUCCAUUCGUACUGUGGGAGUUUAUGUUCUUUAUCCUUGUUUACGAGAGGACGUGUCGUUUGUUGCUGAUGCUGCUAACUCUGUGAUCAUGACGAUGGCUGACAGCAGUAUAAACGUGCGGAUGAAGGCAGCCUGGUCCAUGGCCAACCUCUGUGAUGCCUUGAUCCUCAACAAAGAAAGUGGUGAUGCUGAGUUUGUAGCUGACUUCUCUGACAUGCUGCUGUUGAAACUGCUGACCACAUCCACACAGAGUGCCCAGGACAGUGAUAAAGUGAAGUCGAACGCCGUCCGAGCUGUGGGAAACCUGCUGAGAUAUCUGCCACAGAGAAGUCUAGCUAAACCAGUCUUUGUAUCUGCAAUUGAGGACUGCAUCAAAACUCUAGUGAAGAACAUUACAUCAGGAACGAUGAAAGUCAGAUGGAAUGCUUGUUAUGCUAUUGGGAAUAUGUUCCACAACACUCUGUUGUACCUAGAAGGUGCACCAUGGAUGACCAAUGUGUUGGAUGCACUAUCCACUGUGGUCAAAGACUGUAAAAACUUCAAAGUGCGGAUCAAUGCAGCUCUUGCGUUGUCUGUCCCAUCUGACCGUGUGGUGUUUGGGUCAGCAAAGCAGUUUGCCGCUUUGUGGAACAGUUUAAUUGUAGCCCUCUCUUCCUCGGAGAAUAUCACCGAUUUUGCAGAGUUCCGUUACCAAGACAACCUAACAGAACAGAUAUGCAUGGCAUUGUUAAACAUGCUGUUGCUGGUUCGAGUGGAUGAUCUGAGUGACCUUCUUAUGGUAUUACAAGAACAGGUCUUUGUUCUGCUGGCUCAUAUGGCAAAGAUUCGAGUAGGAAAGUCCAUUCUUGUGACAGAGUCUCUGUUGAAGAAAUGCCAGUGCUAUGUUGAAGUCUUGGCCAACACGGCUGAGUGUCCGGAUCACCACACAGCAAUUAGACAUCUUCAUGACAUCUGCAUCAUCAAAGAAAAACCAUUAAACGAAGAGCUUGGAGAAGAAGAUGAAAAGAAACCUCUUCAGUCUGGAUUCCAACAGAUAUAUGAUUAGAGAAAAAACAGGAAACAAAUCAUAAUAAAACAACUGAAAGACAUUUAAAGAAAGAAACAAACCAUUUGAUAAAAAUUAGUACUUACUGGAAUAUAAAAUGAUUGAAGAUGCUAUAAAAACAAACAUUAAUAUUGUACUAGCUUGUUAUGCUUGUUAAACAAUGAUUUUCUGUAUUUUAACAGUACAGAACCAUGAUUGUACAGAAAGCUGUGAUACUGCAAAACAACAUUACAGUACCAAAUUUAAAUAUUAUAUUGAGUGCUUUAAACCUCACAGAAAUAGCAGAAAUGGCUUUUUCUCAUUUUACUUUUUCACACACACUCCACCCCCCCCCCCCCCCCCCCCCCCCCCAUUAAUAUAUUUGAAAUAAAAUGUUUUUGUAAUGUGCACAUAAAAAAUAGCACAUUUUUAUUAUUUCGAAAACACUUACUUUUUGUCAAACCAAACUUUAGUGAGUGAUGAAAAACACAUUAAUAAAGACUGGGAGAGAGCAUAGCAUGUGAUCAUCAUCUGUCAUAAGUUAGACUGAUUAUUAAUUUGGUACAACAGAAUACUUAAGUAAUAAUCUCACGCAUUUUAAUUAUGGUUAUAUGGUGUUAGACAUAGUGUUGAGGACCACACACAUAAUGAUAAUGAGAGAGGAAAGCCUCUGUCGCCACGCUAUUGGCUACUCUUUCUGAUUCAGCAAGGGAUCUUUUAUAUGCAGCAUCACACAGACAGGGUAGUACAUACCACGGCCUUUGUUACAUCAGUUGUUCAGUAAUCUGGGACAAGAUAACCAUUUCUUUUCAACAUUACCUGUUGGGAUGUUUGGACCAAACCACUUGUGUGGGGGGUGGGGGUGGGGGGGGGGGAGGUGCACUUGUUGAGGACAGGUAAUGUAUCUGUAAAAGAGAAAACACUCCCAAGUUUUCUCCAUUUUAAUUAUCCAUGAGGCAGCAAGAAACGGUAACAGCAGGACUAGCUGGAACAAGAAAUAGCUCAAUGGACCCACCGACAGGGAUAGACAGACUGUACAUUUACCACUGGGCUACAUCCUUCCCUCAUAAAGUUAAGUGAAGAUGUUUUGUAAAAUUGUCUCCAGACUCCCCAACUAUUAGAGACGUAAAUAAAAGAUUACUCAAUGCAGAGUUUAGUUGGAUAAACUAAUCAAGAAAAUAGAAUUUCAUACUUCAUGGAGCAGACAACAUUCUUCACCGUGGGUAUGUAUUACUAUAACUGUGUUAUUUAUGUCCUGACCAAUGGUGUUUUUAUGAAUUGUGCACAAAAACAGACAAUUUUUUGCUAUUUCUGAAAAUUUUGCUUUGCUUUUUAUGUGAAGUCAAACUGAAAUUUUUGACAAUAUGUUAUAUUGAGAUUAUGAUGGCCUAUAAGUCUAAAUCCGGACAAUAAAUAUAUGUUCUUGUGACUAAAUGCUGCAAUAACAGUUUACGAUCAUUUUGAUUGCUUCUCCGCUUUUGAUAUGCACUUUCAACCACUUCCUUUGUACUCCGCCUUAGCCGCACUUUGCAGGGAUCUCUUUGCACCCUGGUCCAGUCCACCACUGUACACACUGUGCUAAAUACUACAUACUACAAAGAUGAAUUCCAUAAAUACAACCUCGGUGGAUGCCGCCAUCUUUAUCACUUAACAUAGACCUGGUCUGGAGCUUAUAAAGCUUUUAGAGUCCAGACUGGAGACUAUAGAGUCUUGAGAUGUGAACGUCAUGGCAACGCCAUACAAAUUGUUUGUGUGCUGUCAUUAGAGAUUGAGUCUGGACUCGUAAAAAUGGGCCCUGGUUUUAUUCACUUUAGCCGUGUAUAUAGCUUUUGCUAAUGAGGACUGGCUAUCUAUAUGGCGGUUGUAAAUGUAUUUUGUGGGGGAAGCCCAGUGUAAAGACCCAAAUACAACUGAUAAACUUUCUUAUGCAAAACAUGAAUUGCAUCUAGUUGUAUAUAGUUAAAUAUAGAUGUUUUUUUUAGGAAAGUUACAUGUGCCUUAAUUGAGUGCCCCCUCCCCAUCCCCUUUAUAACUGAAUGUCUCCUCGUGACACCAGCUGACUAUGGGCCUGUAUCACAAUAGCUAAAGUCCUAUGUCCUGCAGAAUCUUGUGUACUGUAGAUUGAUAAUCGGUAAACAUCCAAUGAGUAAUGUUUUGGGAACUGUUGCCAGCUUUCUUUGUUAGCACAAUUUACUGAUGCAGUGUAGAAAAUUUUACCUUCCUAUUUCACAUAAAUACGUAAUAAUAUGUGAUUAGAAAUGUCAUUUGGAAACCAGUAUACUUCUUUCCGAUUGUAGGACUUUGACCAUUUCUCAAUACCUCAAUUUUGCAUUCACAGUUGGUAUCUUGCAUUGUUGUUGCCUGUGUUUGAUAUGUGCAAUCUUCCUUACUGGUCGCAAAACAUAGACUGUGGCAAUUUGUAAUAUUUAUUAAUAAUUUUAUGCAGAUAGUUUUCAAAACUAUCGUCAGCAGACUUUCCUUACAUUUUGAAUCCAUUAUCAUGGAAUGCUGUUUUGUUAAUUAUACAAUUUUUGUGUUAGUGUUUGUGACGUUAUAAAGACCUUAUGUAUUGCUUCAUGCUGAUCAGUAAUAAAAUACACCUAUAA